AUGGUAUCGCCUCAACAUACGACGAACGAGGGUCCCUCGCAGCCCGCUCGGCCCAACUUCGCCUUCGUUUCCGACGAGACCCAGCAUGGUGUACGAAGUCAUGCUAUGCGGCAGCAUUGGAGGCGGAGACAGCAGAGGUUAGGCGCGGAAGAGAGAAAACAAGAAGCCGAUUCGUUGAACGAUCGAGUCAUCCUGCCGCGCCCGCUUGAGAACCCCAACAUCGCUGAGUCCAACGAUGCCGACUUCAACAGCGCCGAGUCCUACCAGCUGUCAAGGACCAGGAGUGGGAGCGAUAACGCUCCGGACAAGGGCAAACAGGUUGUCAGCAGCAAGCAUAAUCCCGGCGAGCAUGGAUUGGGGCCGGUUCCUGAAAACUUCCCAGAAGCUCUCGGGAACCCGGUCCUUUCACAAGCAAUCUCGGGGAUGAAAUCAGCCUUGGCAUCUUGCAAGCUGGACCCGUUUGACUCUUUCCCCAUCAAGUUGACGGCCCAGCAUCAUCAGCUUCUCCAUCAUUGGCUCGUCAUGUACUCGACAAUGAUAUUUGACCGCCUCGAGACCGCAUAUUUCAACCCUAUAAGAGAUGUGUGGCUGCCGAUGGACCUGUCCAAUGCAGCUUCUUUCAACGCCAUCAUGGCCCAUUCCGCGGCCCACCUCGCACAUAUGCGAGGCAGCCGUAAUCGUAGGACUGCACUCAAAUAUAAAACCGAGGCCAUCCGAAUGGUGGCCGAGUGGAUGAGCGACCCCAAACUCUGCAUGAGCGACAACAUCAUCGCCGCAGUCCUACGGCUUCUAACUUAUGAGGUAUGGGUGCGACUGUCACGUCCUGGGGGCUCAUCAUGUCCAGCACGCUGA